AGAAAAAUGUUAUGACCUGUAUAGCUCGAUAUACACAACCAGUCAAUGGCACGUCAAAAAGAAGUGCAAUGUGGUUAGUUGAUUUUCCACACUGCUCAUCCAUGAAUGAAGGAUAUGGGAAAUUCUUUUGCUUCCGUUACUGCAGCGGCUUGUCUUGUCUGGCUGAAUCACAGCCGAUUGACCUUGACUCWGUGUAUAAGUUAGCAGCAGACAGUAACGAGAAUGCUAAACAGUCCAAAGUGUGUGAAAACUGUACAGAAACAUGUGAAAAUUCAGACAAAUUAACACAAUCURGAACUAAAAUUAUUGAAACUAAAGUUGAUGUUCAUGUUCAACAUGUUGAUAAAAAACUACCAGUUGCUGAAAACAAUGAUUACCUUAAAAUCUGGUCAGAUACUCCUGUUCCAGAUUCCCCUCCUCCACCUCUGCCUCCACGAACCUAUAAACAUAAACCUUUAGAGAGAACUUGGGCGAUGCCACCAACUUCUAAUAUUCCGUUAGAUGCCUUACGUCAGUUAAAACCUAAAGGUCUAAUGGAUAGUUCUGAUUUUACCAAUGUGUCUCCUAUUGUUGAGUCUAAAACUCAUAGGCCUUUAACUAGAGCUUCUAGUCGAGCUGGAGAUCAUGUUAACAUGAAGUGUUCUGUUCAAAAAACAUUAUCAAAUGAUACAAGAGAACAUUCAAGAUUUAUGAUGUUAACUGAUGAAAAUAGAAAGCCAAGAAGAUCAGAAAGUAGAAGAGAUACCACACUUCCUCCAGAUUGGGAAGCUCGUAUGGAUAGUCAUGGUAGAAUAUUUUAUAUAGACCAUCUUAAUCGGACAACUACUUGGCAUCGUCCUUCUCGGCAAAAUUGUGAUAUGCAUUAUUAUCAACAAAGGCAACAAUUAGACAGAAGGUACCAAAGUAUACGUAGAACUAUUUCACAAGAACCAGAAUGUAAUACAUUAUCUAGAACCGAUUCAUUAAGAUUAGAUUCGUCUAAAACUAAAUUUAGAGAUAAUGCAUGUGUAGCAUUACAGUUUAUUAGUAAAAAAGAAUUUCCAACUUUAUUGCAGCAAAAUCAAAGAGCUUUAGCACUUUAUAAUAGCUCAUCAUCGCUUAAAUAUAUUGUGCCUAAAAUUCGAAAUCAUCCAUCAUUAUUUCAACGGUAUCAAAGUCAUAGUGAUUUGGUUAGCCUUUUAAAUUUGUUUGCCAAUACAAGGAUUACACUACCUAGAGGAUGGACAUCAAAAACUGAUGCUGCUGGAAAGGUAUUUUUUAUGGACCAUACCACAAAAAUGACUACUUUUAUUGACCCACGUUUACCAUUAAAUGAUCUUUCUGUGCCAUUGCCAUCUACAUCUCAAGAACCUCCAAUACCUCCUCCUCGCCCAACUAUUACUCAUAUUGAUAGCAUGCUUUGUGAUACAGUGGAUAUACCAACUGCCUAUAAUGAAAAAGUGGUCGCUUUUAUAAGACAACCAAAUAUAUUGGAAAUUUUAGCUGAACGGUAUCCACAAUUAUCUACUGACCAAAAUCUAAAAGAUAAAAUAAACCAAAUUAGAAUUGAUGGUAUUCCAUCUCUAGAUACAUUUGGGAAUGAACUAGAACUCAAUAUUUUGUUAAGGUAAAUACUAUUUAUAUCAUGAUUAGUUAUUAUAUUU